CAGAGAAGCGGAGGACUGAUACUGAGAUAGACUCUUACAGACCCUGGAGUUCCAUACCGGGAAAGAGCGGAACAGAGAAGAAAAAGCUUCGGCAAUCCUCUCAUGGCGGCGAAGGACAAACAUGGCAGCAGCCAUUCGAAGAAAAGAGGGCAAAUUUCAGGCACUCCCAGAGAUGGUGAAAGGCCAACUCCUAAGAAGGACAAACAGGACCGCAGCCAAUCGAAGAAAAGAAAGCAAAUUUCGAGCACUCCCAGAGAAGGUGAAAGGACAACUCCUAAGAAGCAAAAGUUCUCUCCGUCGAAACCUGGACAGCCUCCAAGUAAGGUAGUGAAAAAGAAUUUUUCGCCGAAGUUCGCUUCGUCGAAACCUGGACAACUUCCAGUUAAGGGAGCGAAAAAGACUUUUAACUUCUCCAAAUCCGAUAAAUCCAGUAAUUUUCCCGAGAAGAAAGAACCUCUAUCCAAGCGUGAAGGUCGUUUGCUGGCAAAGGAACUGGCCGAAGCGAGGAAAAAGAAGAGGAAGCGACAUUACACUCUUGAGCAAGAACUUGCAUCACUAUGGGAAAAGAUGAGGCGCCGUAACAUCUCCAAAGAAGAGAGAUCAACGCUGAUAACUAAAGCUCUACAAAAGAUGAAAGGCAAAAUUCCUGAGAUAGCAAGCUCCCAUGUUUCUUCCCGUGUUCUGCAGACUUGCGUUAAAUACUGCUCACAAUCUGAAAGAGAUGACGUGUAUGAGGAGCUCCGCCCGCAUUUUCUUACCAUGGCAUGUAACACUUACUCAGUACAUCUGGUGAAGAAAAUGUUAGACAAUGCCUCUAAGAAGCAGUUGGAAGCAUUCAUCUCUUCCCUUCAUGGACAUGUUGCUUCUCUUCUUCGCCACAUGGUUGGAUCUGUUGUUAUCGAACAAGCAUACCAAUUGGGGAAUGCGCCUCAGAAACAAAGGCUUCUAUUGGAGUUAUAUUCUACAGAGCUUCAAUUGUUCAAGGACUUGGUCUCAACUAAAGAGAGCAGGUUAAUAGAUUUAAUUUCUAAACUAGGACUACAAAAAGCUUCUGUGAUACGACAUAUGACUUCUUUAGUUCAACCAAUUCUUGAGAAAGGAAUAGUGGACCACUCUAUCAUACACAGAUCACUAGUGGAAUACUUCAGCAUUGCUGACAAGUCCUCUGCUACAGAUGUGAUCCAACAACUCUCUGGACCACUCCUUGUUCGAAUGAUCCAUACAAAAGAUGGAGUGAAGGUUGGCAUCCUAUGUGUUAAACAUGGAAGUGCUAAGGAAAGAAAGAAAAUAAUCAAAGGCAUGAAAGGUCACAUAGGGAAAAUAGCUCAGGAUCAAUGUGGAACCAUGGUGCUUAUCUGCAUUCUUUCUGUAGUUGAUGAUACAAAGCUUAUUACAAAGAUUAUUGUCCGUGAGUUACAAAAUAUGCUUAAGGAGCUUGUUUUGGAUAAGAAUGGAAGGCGCCCAUUAUUGCAGCUGCUUCAUCCAAAUUGUCACCGUUAUUUUAGUCCUGACGAAUUGGCUUCCCUCAAUUUAUCAAUUCCAUCUCUCUGCACCAAGGUAAAUGGUGAAAAUUCAGACUUUGAAACACAAGCGAAAUCUAUUGAAGUUGGUGACACUGGAGAAAAUGGGUCUGAAAAUGUUUCAGAGGUUGCUGUAGCUGAUCCCAGUGAUAAUAUAAACCAUGAGGAGAACCUGCAAGCAGUGGAUGGAGGGAAAAAGGAUCCCUUCAUACGAAGACUUGAAUUGUUGGUAGAUAGUGGGCUUGCCGAGAGUCUCAUUCUUACAUGCAUUGAGAAUGCAGGAGAACUAAUCCGAUCAAAUUUUGGCAAAGAAGUCAUAUAUGAGGUGGCUACUGGUGGGGCUGGUGGUGUUCUAUGGUCAACUUUAGCUGACAGGUUGAAUGCCUUGCAUGAAGCCAUAGCAUCUCUUGCAGCGCUGCCCAAAUCAGAUGAGUCAGAAGAGGAGCAUGUCCUUGAAAAUUUUCAUUCCAGCAGGACUAUUAGAAAAUUGGUCAUGGACUGCUCCACCUUUGCAUCUACUCUUUGGAAGAUAGCUCUGGAAGGGAAAUGUGAACUGUGGGCCCAGGGUCACAGUUGUAAGGUGGUUUGUGCUUUCUUGGAAUCCUCAGACACCGUGGUUCGGGAUCUAGCAAAAUCCGAGUUGCAACCCUUGAUAGAUGGUGGCUCUUUCAAAGUCCCUGAUACCAAGCUAGCAGAAAGCUGAGUCGAAAAGUUCACGUGAAAAGGCUUGCUUCUUGAUGGAACAAACAGGAGUUUUGAUGGAUCGCUCACUGGCUUAUUCAGACUUAAUUCUGAAGU